AUGGAUUUAUUGGAUAAUUUUAUUAAAAAAAAAAAAGAAGAAAUAAAAGAAAUUAAAGGAAAUAAAAGAUGGUUUAAACAAGCAGAGUUAGAAGAACAGAAAAAUAAGGAAAUUAACAAAUUUUAUGAAAAAGAAAAUAAGAAAAAAAAAAUUGAAGAAUAUGAGAGACUAAAGAAAUUAAAUGAAACAUUAGACUUAAAACACAAAAAAAAUAGCACAGACAUAGAUAAUGAAGAAAUAAAUAUAGAAAUAACUUUAAGUAACAAACAAAUAAUUAUGCUACUCCGACAAUUAAAAGAACCAAUUAGGUUAUUUGGAGAAACUGAUUUGCAAAGGUAUAAUAGGUUGAAAGAAUUAAAAAUAAAUAAAAACGAGUUGAAAAUAAAUGAGCAAAAUGUUUUUGGUGAUGUAUUAAGAGGAAGAUUAAAAGAAAACUCCCUUGAUCUAAUUGAAGAUAAUUUAGAAGAUGAAAGUGAUAAUACUGAUUCAAAAGAUAUAACUAAUUUAAAAUCCUCCAUAAAUGAAAAACAAAAUGAUGAUAAAGGAAAUGAAUUAGAUAAGGAAAAAAUUAUAUACGACUGGAUAAAAAGUACUAUGAAAGAAUGGAAUGAAGAAAUUGAAAAUGAUGAUAAUAAAAAAAAAAUAAAACAAGCUACGUAUUUACAAACACAUAAAGAUUUAAAACCUCUUGAAAAAAAACUAAAACAGAAAACUUUAGAACCCGAUAUACUAGAGAAAAUAUACAACAUUGUUUCUUGUUGUCAAAAAAGAAAUUUCAAAGCUGCUCAUGAUGCCUAUAUGUUGCUAGCCAUAGGUAAUGCUGCAUGGCCUAUGGGUGUUACGAUGGUUGGUAUUCAUGAGAGAGCAGGACGAUCAAAAAUUUUUACAUCAGAAGUUGCACAUAUAUUAAAUGAUGAAACUACUAGAAAAUAUAUUCAGAUGAUUAAAAGAUUGCUAUCUUUUUGUCAAAGAAAAUAUUGCACAAAUCCGUCAGAAGCAGUUAAUUUGUCUACAAUUCAUAUAUAA